CUUGUCUCCGAAGCACUGACAUCUCGUCAUUAUGGGGCCAUGGACUCGACUCGUACUAUCUCCGAGUUGAAGUCGUCCUUUAUCCGGGCGCAAGUGCGGAUCUUGUCUGAAAGCCUUGCACCGCCCGAGGACUGGCGACAUUAUGCGUCCGAGGCCGCAGAAGAUGAGUUAAGCGAUAAGGUGGUCGGGGAUGCUCUUAAGAAAUUCAAUGCGUCUCUGAAACAGCACAGUCGUAUCGUUUACUCGUCCCAGGCGGUUCAGCAUGUUGCACAACAAAUCGCACGCCUUUACUGGUCCUCCGUCAAUGAAGCGAUGCGCAACCGGGGCUCUUUGCUCCAGGGGGUGGAGAAAUCUGUGGACUUGAGCAACCACUUGAAUAUCGCACAACUGCCGCUGGAAUUGGAAGAUCCGAGUGCAAGUGACGAGGACCGAGCAAGGUACCAAGAGCUACGCGAGCAGCUGGUUUCUCUGGACAGUCGUAGGAAACAGCGACAGCGGCGGUUGAACCAGUUGCGACAGCUACAACGGCUGCUAGAGCCCUUUCAGGACCCACAGGCUAAUAUCCAACCAAAUUUGGUGACAAGAGAUGGGGAGUUGGUUCAGGAGCUAGAGAAAAUGCGUAUGCUUGUUGCGCGAGUAGGAGGUCGCAUUGAGCAGGGCAAGAAGAAGCUUAAUCCAGAUGGACCGAGGUGGUCGUACUCGCUGGGAGGGGAUGAGAAAUUGGAAGCGUUGUUGGACAUGACUGAGUGAGCGAGAUGUAGUAUAUCAACUUAAAUGAUCUGGCAGGAUGUUCCAAAAACCACCAACACGAAGUGAAUAAGGCCGUGGAGCGUAUGUAG